AUGCUCGCAAUCCGUUCGACGAAAUGCCCUGUGGCAUUUGUGGGCGUUGCCGGCGCCCUGGUGGUGCUUGUCACCGCCGUCCAUGUGUUCAUGGUGCCAAUCCUUCCUGCCUCCUUGGAUUACUUCGGUGCUCGCAGCAGUAUAAGCCACCCAAAGAAUGUUCUCCCGGACGUCGGGGUGGUGGACUCUCGUCUCAGGGGGCGCUUCCCUUCUGAUUCAUAUGGUGCUGUGGCAUUCCGUGGCGCGCCAUGGAAGGCUGAGAUUGGUAGAUGGCUUGCCGGGUGUCAUGCUAACUCUUCGUCUGUUGAUGUUACUGAGGCUAUAGGUGCAAAGCGCUGUGAGAAAGACUGCAGUGGUCGUGGUGUUUGCAACUAUAAUCUGGGAGAGUGCAGAUGCUUUCAUGGAUAUUCUGGGAAAGGAUGUGAGGAGGUUCAGAAAUUGGAAUGCAACCUCCCAAGUUCCCCAGAAUGGCCAGUAGGUCUAUGGAUAGUUUCCACCUGUGCAGCUCACUGUGACAAAACAAGGGCAAUGUGCUUUUGUGGGCCUGGAACAAAAUACCCAGAUCGUCCUGUGGCAGAAGCUUGUGGUUUUAAAACAAUUUUACCUGCAAAACGUGGUGAUCCAAAGCUUACCGAUUGGAAAACACCCGACCUGGAAAACAUAUUCACAACAAACAGCAGUAAGUUAGGAUGGUGUAAUGUGGUCCCUGAGGAUGCAUAUUCAUCCAAAGUGAAGUUUAAAGAAGAAUGUGAUUGCAAAUACGAUGGUCUCUGGGGGCAGUUUUGUGAGACUCGUGUUGAAUGCAGCUGCGUCAACCAGUGCUCUGGACAUGGGCAUUGCCGUGGUGGUUUCUGUCAAUGUUACAGUGGAUAUUUUGGGAUUGAUUGCAGUAUCCCAUCAGCAUAUUCGCUUGCAUAUGAUUGGCCCCCGUGGCUCCAGACACCAGUGAAUUUACCAGAUCUGAAAAUUUUAAACAGUACCACCAUCGAUGUUAAGGCCGUUGUUCAGAAAAAAGGCCACUCAUAUAUGUAUAUGAUUUGCCAGCUGAGUUUGACAGUCAUCUUCUUGAAAUUCCAGUGUGUAAACAGAAUAUAUGAUGACAAGAACAGAACUCUAUGGACCCAGCAAUUGUAUGGUGCUCAGAUAGCACUCUAUGAGAGCAUUCUUGCUAGCCCUCACCGCACUCUUAAUGGGGACAAAGCUGAUUAUUUCUAUGUGCCAGUGCUUGACUCAUGUCUAAUAACUAGAUCUGAUGAUGCUCCACAUCUGCUAUUGCCGAGGGACCUGCGCCGAAGGAGCUACAAUGCACUUGAGUACUAUAGAAUGGCAUAUGAUCACAUAGCUCAGCUGUAUCCUUACUGGAAUCGCACUUCAGGAAGAGACCAUAUCUGGUUCUUUUCGUGGGAUGAAGGUGCCUGCUAUGCUCCAAAAGAGAUCUGGAAGAGCAUGAUGCUUGUCCACUGGGGAAACACUAAUACAAAACAUAAGAAUUCAACGACUGCUUAUUGGGCAGACAACUGGGAUGAUAUUCCUUUGGAUAAGAGAGGCAACCAUCCAUGUUUUGAUCCAAGAAAGGAUCUAGUGCUUCCGGCAUGGAAGGAACCUAACCCAGGGGCCAUAUGGUUAAAACUGUGGGCAAGGCCUAGGAAGAACCGUACAACACUCUUUUAUUUCAACGGUAAUCUAGGUUCAGCAUACGAAGGAGGCCGCCCAGAAGACACGUAUAGCAUGGGGAUUCGACAAAAGCUAGCAGCUGAAUUUGGUUCCAUACCAAACAAGCAGGGAAGCCUUGGACGACAGCAUGCAGCCGAUGUGACAGUUACCUAUUUACGAACUGAGAAAUAUUAUGAAGAACUAGCAAGCUCCGUUUUUUGUGGUGUCCUGCCAGGGGAUGGCUGGAGUGGGCGUAUGGAAGACAGCAUGCUUCAAGGAUGCAUUCCUGUAAUAAUUCAGGAUGGAAUUUUUCUGCCAUAUGAGAAUGUGCUCAACUACAAUAGUUUUGCAGUGCGCAUACAAGAAGAUGACAUUCCAGGCCUCAUAAGUACACUUCGAGGACUAAAUGAUACACAAGUAGAGUUCAUGCUGGGAAAUGUCCGCCAGAUGUGGCAGAGGUUUUUCUAUCGAGACUCUAUAUUGUUAGAGGCGCAGAGACAGAAAAGACUGUUCUCUGAAGAGGCACCCUGGUCUGUUGAGGUCUCAAAACUACCUGACGAUGACGAUGCCUUUGCAACAUUUAUACAGGUAUUGCAUUAUAAACUGUACAAUGACCCUUGGCAUCAAGGUCUCCUGCAAACAAAGGAAACCCGGCUGCCGAACAUCUGCUCAAGAACAUCCUGA